AUGAAGAACCAAACAAAAACUGUGACAGUUCAAGAGGAUGCUGGUUCUUUCCAUAAUCCAGGAAUCGAAGAUGAACUAACCACUGCUCGUGUUUAUGAAUCACAAGAAUCUCAACUAUCCAAGUGGGAAACAUUUAAGAAAUUCCCAUUCAGUUGCUAUUGUGUUGGUGUCAUGAUAUGGACAUUAAAUUUAACUUCCUUUGAUAUUGUUGCUGGUGGUAUUGUGUUGUCAAUUUCUCAAUUUAGAAAACAUUUUGGGCAUCAAAUGCCAGAUGGAUCUUGUGUUGUUCCUGCUAAAUGGAUUGCUGCCUUUUCAGGUGGUCCAUUGGGUGCUCAAAUCGUCGGACAAUAUUUCAGCUCUUUUCUUAGUGAUCAAUUUGGUAAGAAAUGGAUAAUUAUCAUUAGUUUAAUAUUUAGUGCUGGAUUUAUUGGUGUUGAAGUUGCUGCAUCAAACUUACAUACUUUUUUAAUUGGGAAAACUUUGAAUGGUGUUUGUUUGGGUGUUAUUCAAUCAAUCUGUGUUUCAUAUGUAUCUGACACAGUUCCUUUAGUGUUGAGAGGUAUUGGUAUUGCUUUGUGUAAUAUUUCAUUUUCAACAGGACCGAUGGUUGUUUACAUCAUCAACUAUUGCCUAAGUGAUAAAGAUGAAGAUGAUCAAUGGGCUUACAAGGCUAUUUUUUCUGCACAAUGGGGGUUUACAGUGGUGAGUUUGAUUGGGUUGAUAUUUGUGCCUGAAAGUCCAUACUAUUAUAUCUUCAAAAACAAGUCUGAAAUGGCAUAUAGGGCCUUACAAAAAUUAUACAAGGACCCUGAAGCUUCACAAGAACAGCACAAGAUUAUUAAAGCUACUGUUGACCAAUCAAGAGAGAUUGCAGAAAGUACAAGCUAUAUUGAUUUGUUAAAAGGGUUGGAUAGAAUCAGAACAUGGAUAUCUGUAACGCCAUUUUUGAUAUUACCAAAUUGUGGUAUAUAUUUUACAGCUGCUUAUACAACUUAUUAUUUCCAACUUUCAGGAUAUGAUGAUAGAAAAUCAUUUCGUUUUACUUUGGGACAACAAACUAUUUCAUUAGUCGGAUGUGUUGUUGCACUAUUCUUUGUUGAUUCCGUUGGUAGAAGAUCAGGAUUCCUUUAUGGGUUAGGUAUUUUGAUUGUUUUUGAUUUCAUUAUAGGUAUUGCAGGUAUCUAUACACAUAGUCAACAUGCUGUGAAUACAACCAUUGCUUUUAUGAUGUUUUAUGGUGGUACCUAUAAUACAUUUAUUGGCUCUUUAGUUUAUCCUGUCUGUGCUGAGAACCCAACAUCAUACCUUAGAUCGAAAACUAUUGCACUGGGGCUAGCAUUAACAAACGUUAUGAAUAUGUUGUGGUCAUUUGUGUUUCCAUAUUUAUUCAAUCCAGACAAGGCAAAUUUAGGUGCAAAAUCAAUGUUAAUAUUUGGUGGGAUUUCUAUUGUUUCUUGGAUUUACUUGUUCUUUUUCCAAACAGAAACUGCUAAUAGAUCAUACGAAGAGAUUGAUGAGAUGUAUGCUAAUAAGGUUCCAUUUAGAAAGUUUGAUAGUUACGUCUCUAAGAAAAAUGCUAUUAACCAAGAAGUUGUUCAAGAAAGAAUAAGAAGUGAUCAUUCAACAACCACAGCUUAG